AACCUGAAUCAGAACAAACGGACCCUGCUCCCUAAGUUCUACGGUCUGUACUGCAUCCAGGCGGGAGGGAAGAACAUCCGCCUGGUGGUGAUGAACAACCUGCUGCCCCGCGUGGUCCACAUGCACCAUAAGUACGACAUGAAGGGUUCCACCUAUAAGAGACGGGCCUCAGCCAAGGAGMGGGACAAGACUUUUCCCACCUUUAAAGACCUGGACUUCAUCCAGGACCUGCCUGAUGGACUGCUGCUGGAGACGGACAACUACAACGCCCUUAGCAAGACCAUCCAGAGAGAYUGCCUGCUCCUGCAGAGUUUUAAAAUCAUGGACUACAGUCUACUGGUGGGGAUCCAUAACCUGGAGCAGGCUARUAGAGAGAGGGAGMGAGGUGKGGGGCAGAUGGGGGACAGUGGGGGGUCAGAGGGGGCGGUGACCCCAGACCAGCGCCGACCCCAGGCCCAGAAAAGUCURUACUGCACAGCCAUGGAGUCUAUACAGGGAGAGGCCCGCGGGAAGGGAGCCCUGGAGUCUGAGGACCAUAUGGGCGGGAUCCCAGCCAGGAACUCUAAAGGAGAGAGGUUGCUGGUCUUUAUCGGCAUCAUCGACAUUCUGCAGUCCUACAG